AUGGACGUGGAAGUCGCAAAUCGCACGUCGCAAGUCCCGGUACGGGGUCGUGGGGCCCGCACCUUCCCCUGCCCUUUCCCUACGUCUCCCUCCUUCCUUCUCAUCCCUCAUCCCUCAUCCCUGCUUUUGCUCUUGCUCUCUCUGCUUUCAGCCCGGGUCUCGUACUUUGCCCGUACUACCACCACCGAGACCCCCGCCAGCCUUUUUUGCCCUGAGUCUGACGCAAAAGAGAAAGAACGAGACCCCAAAACUGGCAGACCAGGCGGGCAAGAACGACGUACUUACUUUGGGACGCCGCCGCCUCGGACCUUCCAUACGACUUUCGUUAUAUUUGCCCCCGUCUGUCUACUUUACUCCCCUUCCCUUCAAUUCCGCGGUUGCCCUUCGGAAUUCUACCAGACGAGGCGUCUCCCUUUAAAGCAUUCCAACGAACCGACGACUUUGCACUCUCGACACUCCCUUGUGCGACCCGACUUCCCAUGCACCGGCCCUCGCCUGAAUUCACGCACCGCCUCGCCGACUGCCCGCUCUUUUUUCCUUUUGCUCCCGCUCACUACCGUGGACUCGAAUCUCACUCACUCACUCAGCUUGUCUGCUUUUUCUUUUCCUUCCACACCAACUACCUCGUCUCGCCAUCUCUCGUCGUUGCCCACCAUGACUGACGACUACCGCACCGAGCGAGCGGGCUCUUCCGCCUCGUCUUCCACCGACGCCGCGACUCUCCACGAGCUAACCAAGUUGGACCCGAUGGAGGACAGCGUUCAGAACCUCAAGUCGCACGAUGAUGAAGAGCUGGGCACCGAGGAGGACGAGAAGCUCUUGCCCAAGACCAAUGAGAAGGAGGAGCCCCAGAAGUCUGGCAUGACUUCUGCCAUUAUCUGGAUGACCGUCAACACCUUGGCGACGAUUGGAAUCGUCUUCACCAACAAGGCCAUCUUUUCCGACCCUCAAUGGAAGCUCUGCCAGCUCACCUUUGCGAGUUUCCACUUCUUGGUCACUUUCGGCACGCUGUUCGUCCUUUCCCGGCCUACCUUCGCUUACUUUACUCCGCGCCGUGCCGCCAUCCGGGACUUGCUGCCGCUUUCCGUGGCCAUGUGCCUCAACGUCAUCCUGCCGAAUCUCUCCCUGGCCUUCUCUUCCGUGACUUUUUACCAGAUUGCCCGGAUCCUGCUGACGCCGACCGUCGCGCUCAUGAACUAUGUGCUCUAUAAGGCGACACUGCCCAGGAAUGCGAUAAUGGCGCUCAUCCCGGCUUGCCUCGGAGUCGGCAUGGUCUCUUACUACGACUCUCUGCCUACCAAGGACGACAAGGUCAAGACAACCUCUACCCUGGGUGUCGUCUUUGCCUUUUCUGGCAUCUUUGCCUCGUCUCUCUACACCGUCUGGAUCGCCAGCUACCACCGUAAGCUCCAGAUGUCCAGCAUGCAGCUGCUUUACAACCAGGCUCCCAUCGCCUCCUUCAUGCUUCUCUACGUCAUUCCCUUUGUUGACACCUUCCCCGACUGGGUCAAUGUUCCUGGCAACCGCUGGAUCAUGAUUGGCAUGUCUGGCGCGUUUGCCUCGCUCAUCAACAUCUCCCAAUUCUUCAUCAUCGCCCAGACCGGUCCUGUGUCCAGCACCGUUGUUGGUCACCUCAAGACCUGCACCAUUGUUGCUCUUGGCUGGAUGGUGUCAGGCAGAGCCAUUGGCGACAAGUCGGUUCUUGGUGUCUUUGUUGCCAUUGGCGGCAUUGUUGCCUACUCUGUCGUCAUGCUUCAGCACCAGCGCAACCAGCGCAAGUAG